AUACUAACUGAAGAGAUAGUUUAUUAUCAAAAGAAGGUGUGCACGUUGCGAUGCUGCCGAUGGAAUGGUCAUUUGCUCUUGCUUGGGCAUUUGUUCCUAUGGUAUUUUGGUUUAAGUUUUCAUUGGCUGAACAUUUUGUGGACUUUACAGUUUCACGAUGGGCGCCUUGUUUAGAGCAAAGAAAAGAGUCUUUGAUCGUGAGCGACAUUUCUGUAAAACAAUGUGUAUUUGAAUGUGCUGUGAGGUCAGAGUGCAUAUUUUUAGGAUACAAAAGCGUACUAAAUGUCUGUGAGCUGCAUAUUAAAAAUAUUUCAGAAUUCAAUGAAAUAGAUGGAUCCAAUCAAUGCAUUUUUAUUCUUCGGGAGGACAUCAUUACCACUGAGGUUGAGAAAGUUUGUACGUGCGAUGACGGACAACUGUGUGACGUUCACACUGGACAAUGCAAUUUUAAAGAAUGCAAAGUCAUGACUCUUUCUAAUGGGAAAGUGUAUGGAAAUGUUCGACAUGUGAAUGCCAAGGUUCGAGUCAGGUGUAAUAGUGGAUAUGUAGAGAGUAACGGGAUGGUUGAAGCUACCUGUAACCCCGACGGAAGCUGGAGUUACACACCGUCUUGUGUUAUACAAUCAUCUAUCACCACCACCACCACGACGACUGAAACGACAGCCGCUCCUAAUUCUGGGACAGUUUGUGGGAAUUCACUUGAUAUCUGGAUACAUCAUAACACAGACCCAACUUUCCAAGUUACGUUAUCACAACUGUCUCAAAACCAAGAUGACGCGUCUCUGGCAUGUGGUGCGUUGAAUGCAAAACUUGUAAAAAUUGACGAGGAAUGGAAACAGACGUUCCUUGCAGAUUCAUUGGCAAACUGCGCUGAAUAUUCUGCCACAUGCUAUUGGAUAGACGGAUCAAACAUAGGUACCACAUGGCAGUUCACGGAUUCAAGUGCCAUGCCGACCGAUGACACAGUGUUCUGGGAUGCUGAACAACCGGACAGUGCUGGUGGAAAGACUUGUGUAGCUAUGAAUAGUAACCAACGCUGGUUUAACAAAAACUGCAACAAUGUUUGUGGCUACAUUUGUGAACGACUUACUUCAAUUUUUUUAAAAUGACUUUGAUGAAAAGAAAUUCCGUAAUUGUGUUAAUAUGUUUAAUAUACAUUGUAUUUAUAUUGCAAUCAAUCUGUUUAAUAAGCAAGACAGGUGUUGUCUUCAUGAUUUCAAUUAAAGUUUGAAAUUGCGAAUCACAAAAUCGUGAAUUUCACGUUUUCACACCUUCAUGAUUUCACUUUUUUGAUAAAACAAGGAAUCAUGCAAUAUCGUGAGUGUCACGAUAGUACACUUCACGACUUCAAAAUAUUUUUCAUUAAAAAAAAUCGAAACAUCGUGCAAUAUGAAAUCAUGAACUUUUCAAUUUUAAAUUUCAUGACAUCACGAUUUUUUUUUAAUUUCAUUAUAAUGAUCUCAUACGUCACAAUUUCACUUUCAUAAAAAUCAUUGUCAUCAUAUCAUACCUCACGACUUCACGUUUUAUGAAAAGUCUUGUACUUGGAAAUAUGAAAUUGUUUAAUUCAUGAUUUCGUACUUCACAGUUUUAAGUGCUGGUCUUGCGUAGUUAACCGUUUUUGCGUAUCUUUAAGUGGUAAGUGACAUGAAGAGAACGGAGUUUUACUUAUUUAUUCCGGUAACAAUUCAUAUUAACGCUGGUGAAGCAUACAUACAUAUAUAUGUAAACGACAAAUAUACGGUACCGGUAACUGAAAUCGUUGGUAAGAAUAAAACGUUCCUAUCUAAAUUGUUUAUGAUUUUAUACUAAGAAUAAAAUAAACAUAAUUAUGCAUGUUCAAUGUAUAGCUUUUCAGUAACCAGUUUUCAGAUUGU